GACUAUCUACGCAUGCGCGGAGCGGACAUUUCAAAACUAAAUUGGGGGUAAUGGAAUAACGAAAAUAAGGCCUGUAAAGAAGAUAUUUGGUAUUUGUAGCCUUGUUUUCUCAGUCAUUUAACAAUGAAUCAUACGGAAGAAUAUUCUGAUGAAUGGGAACUGAGCAAAGAAAACGUAAGACCUCGGAAACAAGGGCGCAAUGUCUCCUCGCUGUCAGUAGCGCUUCAGCCUCAGGAUGAUCAAAUGGUUGUCAUCAAACAACAAAAACAAGUAUUUGAAAGUGAGUUACGGACAUAUACAGGUUCCGAUCCACUUGACACCUGGGACAGAUACAUUCGCUGGACGGAUGAAGCGUAUCCAAAGGGUGGCAAAGCGGGCAAACUAAGAGCUCUGCUGGAGCGAUGUGUUACAAUUUUUAAAGAUGAAGAGAAAUACAAGAAUGAUCACAGAUAUGUUGAUGCUUGGAUUAAAUUUGCAAACUUCUGCAUGGAUCCAGCAGAGAUGUUUGCCUUCAUGUUUGACCAGAAAAUUGGUUGUGAGGUGUCUUUCCUGUAUGACGCCUGGGCAACAGUGUUAGAGGAUGCAGGGAAUACUAAGAAGGCAGAUGCCAUCUAUCAAGAAGGGCUGCGAAGAAAUGCUCAACCUGCUGAAUUCUUGCUUAGAAAACACCAAGAGUUUCAGGCUCGUGUUGCCCGUGGCCUGAUGAGAUCAGAGGUGAUGGACACAGAUGGCAUCCUUAUGGAAGAGGAACAGCGCACAACUCUAGGCCAGCUGAAAGCUUCAGGAAGACACCACCAAGUUGGCACAGCCAGGACAGGAGCUGCCAAGAAAUCUUCACAAGGAGGUGUUGUGAAGUGUGACAAGCAAAAACAGACAAAUGGGAUAGGUUUCCAGAUCUACACCGAUGAGAAUGCAGAGAUAGCCUGUACCCCCAAGCAGACCGGAGAGUGGGAGACUGUCCCCACAAGAGCCACCAACAGAGAGAAUGAACAGCAGCCCGGUGUCUGGACAAAAGCUAGGGUUCCCAUGAAGAAUGCAGCCUUGCUAGCAGCCAAUGCCACACCCAGUUUCACAGUCCAUGUAGACGAUUGUGUGGACCAACCUAUGGUGACACCCCAGAAAGGAUCAGUCCUUGACCCACAGGUGUUGAGUGCUCGGAAGCCUGAGAAGCAUGUCAACCCUCUAGCACCCAUGCAGCAGCCAGCUCUGACAGGGGGCCUGGAGAUGAGGCCAAUGUACAACAAGGGCAAGAUUUACCGUGGCCUGGAGGAGUUUUCCUUUGAGGAGCUGCGAGGCGCACGCUGGCUGACCAAACAGAAGGCAAAGGAAGACCAGGACAGAAAACUUGCUGAAGAGAGACAGAAAAUAGAAGAGGAGGCCAUUCGUCUGAAGCAGGCAAGGGAAGAGCUGGUGAAUUAUCAUCGCUCAAUCCGGGAACAGUUACAGGCAGAGAAAGAUAAGAUGAUGGAGGAUCUACGAAAGCAGAUGACAUUACAGCAGGAGCACCUAGAGAACCAGAGGCUCACACAGACACAGCAAGCCCAGAAUGCAGUGGAUCAGGACAUACAACAGCGUUUGCAGAGGCAACUCAAUAUUAGCCACACACCAGAUACACAGGAGAACAGCAGUGAAAGACUGACUCGCCAGCUCAACUUUGAUGAUAUGACUUCCCAUGGCAACACAGAGAAUGUGCCUCCUGGUCUGUCAGCACAGCUGCUAGCAUCUCGAGAUGCACGGAGGAAGAUGGAAGCCCCCACAGACCCCUCCACCAGCCUCAACUCCAGUCAGAGGACACCAGUCUUUAACACCUCAGUCAACUCCUUUCAUGGUUCUUCUGGUGCCAGGCCCAAGUCUCGGGGACCCACACCAGACAGCAACAGUUUUUCCCAUCGAGGGAGUUUAGUAGCCCCAUCCCCAACAGUGAACACACAGGAGGCCCUGAAGGUUGUCCGUGGAAUGUUCAAUGCCUCCCUGGACUGUGAGAAACAGUAUGGCUGGCCUGGUGAAGAGCCUACCGGAGAAGUCACUGGAGCUCAAGCUGCUGUGAUAGCCCCUGUUGGUAAUCAGCCCUUCGCCAUCUAUGACGAAUCAGAAGAGCAAGCUGUGCCAAUGAUUACUCAACAGGAUCCAGCUGGUGACAAAGAGAACACGCCCCCCAAGGAUUACAAGCCUGCUCCUCGCCGCCACAACUUGUCAGGCCACUUGCAGCCAUCCAUAGGUCUCCCUGUCGACCCUGAGGGGGAGCAUGAUAUAGUCAUGGUGGAAACUGUCAAGGUUAUGCCAAGUGAGGAUUCUCCAGAUGACUACAUAUUACACAUGCCCAUGACAGACAUGACACUGGCAAAUGUUGGAUCCAGUGAGAGCUUUGCCUCUGCAGCCUGUCUUGCAUCCACCCCUUAUUUAUCAAUGGGGAAGUUACCACAACUGCCGAACCCCCCACUCAGCCAGAUCAAGGCACCCCAGGAACACCCUGAGGUUGUGUCAGCACAGUCUCUGCAGAACCCCCAACAGCCAAGUUUUGAUGUUAGCAUAGCACCACCAUCUAAAACUUCUCUCAGUCCUAUCUUUGAGGGAAGUACAGAGGGCAGUGGGGAAGAGUCCAAGUGUCAUCCCAGCCACCUCAACUCUAAACACCAUGUGACCACUCUAGAGCUUUGCCCCAUCACCAUCCCAGACAGUCACAAGCAUCACGAGAUCGACAUGGCUGACUAUGUGGCUCCUGAGCCGGAUGAGAAGACGGAAGCACUGCUGUCUAUGUCAGUUAUGAUCAACCCUCAUGACCCCUUUGACCAGGCUGAGAUUGAUGAAGUUUUGUCCAGUCUGGAACGUCCUUUAGAGGAAUACAAGAACUACUAUCAUAUCAAUGAACCCUUGCCACAUAUGAUCACAACAUUUGUUCUCCUAGGAACAGAGACGUACAACAUCUCUGAAUGUAUUGGUAAAGGAGGUUUUGGCAGUGUGUACAGGGGAAGAUUAUUUGACAUGGACAACCUUGAUGAUUUAUGUGAUACCGAGGGGGAGGAAAAAGCUCUCAAGGUUCAGAAACCGGCUUGUCCCUGGGAAUUCUAUAUCUGCAGCCAGAUCAGUGAGCGCUUGAAGGAAAUCAGUGAUCCCAUGGAUGUGAGUGAUUCCCUGAUGGCUAUCGACAAAGGUUAUUUCUAUGAUGAUGGCAGCUGUCUCAUCAGCACCUUACACACCAAAGGCUCUCUCCUGUCCCUGGUGAACUAUGUCCGCGUACAAUCGACACUGCGCAAUGAUAUGGAGCCACUUGUGAUGUUCAUGACGAUUGAGAUGAUGCACAUGGUAGAGAAGCUGCACAAGUGUAACAUCAUUCAUGGAGACAUCAAACCAGACAACUUCCUAAUCAGAAACAUCCCCUGCCUAUAUGGUGAGACUACAAAGGAAGAAGUAUUCGGCCGCUCUACACAAACCCUGAAGCUGAUCGACUUUGGACGCAGCAUUGACAUGACAAGAUACCCCCCUGGCACCACCUUCCUGGCAAAGUGCGCCACAGAGGGCUUCCGGUGUAUUGAGAUGAGGACAGACAUGCCCUGGACGUAUCAGACGGACCUGUUUGGACUUAUUGGUACAAUACAUGUCUUGGUGUUCUGUGACUACAUGAAAGUGUACCAGUCACAAGGGGUGUGGCACAUGACAAGUAGCUUCCAGAGGAAGUGGAAUGUUAGUCUGUGGAAGAGCGUGUUCCAUCGACUGCUCAACAUCCCCAGCUGUGACGAGUUGCCGGACCUGGCUGCCAUUCGGUGUGAGCUGGAGGACUACUUCAUGGAAAAUCUUGUUACCAAGUACAACCAGGUGGCGCUCAACAUCACCUCUAACAUGGGUGAAAACUUGAAAUAGUGAUUAUAAAACCAGUUGGCUGAGUAUUGACAUGUACCUUGAUGCAGCCACAUCGUGCUAUAUAUGCUCUCCAGGUACAAGUCAUUAAGUCACAGGUACAGUUAUCACCAAGUACUCUAGAGCACAGGUACAUUUGUCUCUCUUGAAAUCAGAAUUCCAAAACAGGCUUAUGUAUCUCCAUGGAAACAGUGUACCAGUACUCUGCAACACUGAUGGACAUAUGCUCAUGGAAAGUGUACUAGUGCUCUACAACAAAGAUGGAUGUAUCGCCAUGGAAACAGUGUACCAGUACUAUACAACACUGAUGGACAUAUGCUCAUGGAAAGUGUACUAGUGCUCUACAACAAAGAUGGAUGUAUCGCCAUGGAAACAGUGUACCAGUACUAUACAACACUGGACAUAUGCUCAUGGAAAGUGUAAUAGU